AUAGCAAACAUCAUUGCAAAGUACAUAAACAAAAGAGAAAGAAAAUGGCAACCCAGUGGUGUCCUUAUAUUGGGAAGAACUCAUGGCCGGAGCUUUUGGGAACAAAUGGAGACUAUGCGGCUUCGGUGAUAAAAGGAGAGAACUCGAGCCUUCAAGUUAACGUGAUUUUGGUUGGAACUCCGGUGACUCCGGACCUCAGGUGCGAACGCGUUAGGGUGUGGGUUGAUGAAAGCCGUCUCGUCGUCAAAACCCCAACCGCCGGCUAGACAAUGUAUAUUGACCACAAUUACGUACAUGCGUUGUACUAAUAAAAUAAACUAUAUAGA